AUGAUGGCCUGCCAAUCAAGAGUCAGUCUCCUUUCUUCCAUCGCCGCAUUGUUCUUCGGUAUUAUUCUUUUACUGGACAAUGCUGCUGCUGCUGCUGCUGCUGCUACUGAUGCCUCAUCAUCAUCAUCAUCAUUGUCAUCAUCGGAACUCGAAGUCUCCAUGAUUCUUCCCACUUGGAAUGAAAAUGCUCAAGAACGAAGUUUACGAGAAUUGCAAUUGACCCAAGGCAAAUGUUGGUCCACACGAGAUGACCGAAAACCCAAUCGCUAUUGCAUGUUUGAGGAUACCCCACGAUCGGGUGCCUUUUUGAGUCUCUCCUGUCCCACCACCCGAGACGAUUAUUCCAUGGCCCAAUGUCAAUGCACGAUUGGAAUUGGAGACUCGCAAGAUGCCCCCAAUACGAAUACCUGUUGGAAGUGUGGAUUCUGUAGGGAUGGCUCCUUGGCAUACGAUUGUCGGAAUGUAGCGGAAGGAACCUGUAUUGGAAGAAAUUGCCUGGACGAAUGCUUGAGUAGUUUCAAUGAGCCAGAAGAUCUACUGCUGGGAAGUGAUGCCAAUAAGAAGGCAAGCAGCUUCUUGUUGAUGGUUCCAAGCAUCAUUGUUUCUGUUUUUUUGCUAUGUCUGCAAUAA